AUGUCGCUGCUGAUUACACCCAACACGCCGUCAGUGUCGGCGAGGGGCAUGCUGCUGAAGAGGAGCGGAAAAUCCCUCAACAAGGAGUGGAAGAAGAAGUAUGUGACGCUGUGUGACAACGGACUGCUCACCUACCACCCCAGCCUGCAUGACUACAUGCAGAACGUCCACGGGAAGGAGAUCGACCUGCUGAGGACGACGGUGAAGGUCCCCGGGAAGAGGCCGCCUCGCGCCGUGUCUACCUGCUCCGCCUUGCCGAGUCCCAAAACCAACGGGCUGACCAAGGACAUGAGCAACCUGCAGCUGGGACAGAAUCCAGGCUCGGUGACCAGCAGCUCGUCGGUGUCUCAGAUGGCGAGCGGCGUCAGCUUGGUGUCCUUUAACAGCCGCGGUCUGGAGGGCAUGCACCAGCGCUCCUACUCCGUCUCCAGCGCCGACCAGUGGACGGACGCCACCGUCAUCGCCAACUCAGGAGUCAGCACAGAUACUGGUCUGGGAGACUCGGUGUGUUCCAGUCCCAGUAUCUCCAGCACCACCAGUCCAAAGAUAGAGCCCCCGCCGUCGCCGCACGCCAACCGCAAGAAGCACCGCAGGAAGAAGAGCACAAGCAACUUCAAAGCCGACGGCCUCUCUGGUACUGCGGAAGGUAACGCCAUCUCCCCUCCCCUCACCUCACACUUUCCCCGCCCUGGUCUCACAGCGUAAAUGUUCCCCCUGGAAACAAAGUCUGACAGCCACAG